AGAUGUUUUAUGUAAGGUCAAGGCGCGUGUGUUGAUGGUCGCGUUAUGUUUCCAAUACUUGUAACAUGACGACAAUCAAAUCCAGAAUUCCUCGUCGGCGUGCGAAUUCUGCUGAACCCAGGACAAAUUAUUUUGUACAGAAACUCUCCAAAUUGGUUUCAAAUGAAAGCAACCUUCAAAAUACAUCUUAUUUCAAGGACUUUAAUAUGAACCACAAGUUGUCUAUACAGCAGUCCAAGUUCACUAAUCCCUUUGCUCAUCUCGGUUUUCGGAAAAAAAGGAAGAAGACUGCUAAAGUCAAAGUUGUCUUUGAUUUUGCCACUCAUCCACUCAAUAUCGCUAUCAUUGCAAAUAAUCUCAUCAUGGAUUGAUGGAAAUGUGGAAAAGCUGCCGAGCACUCAAGACCGAAACCUAGGACAUCUUGCGUCAUAUCAGUAUACUAAAAGUUUGAUUUAUUCAUCACAUGAUACCCAUCUAGUUUAUAGUUAGCGAGAGAUAUUACUUAAAUAAAGCUAAUAAUCGUCAGAAAUCUUUAGAACAACAGGAAAAAUAAAUGGUUGAGCGUAAGACUGAUAGUUGGUAACAAAUACUUUCGUCUGGAAGAUUGAAAAACAAUCAAACAACCUGUCGAUCAUUUACCUUGAAAUACUAACAUAAUAUAAUAACUCCAGUUGCCUGGUAAUUACCGGAAUGAUAACAAAGAAGAAUAAAAUGAAAGGUAUAAUAGCGAAAAAUUCGUCCCUACCUCGUGCCGAAAUUUCACGUUUGGACAAGUAAGUCCUUCGGUAGACGAAAUUUUAUUAAGUUCAGGAGUCGCAGUUGUGGUACCGAUGUGUAUUUUUCUGACACAAUCUUUAGUUCAGAGAUGAGUUCUGGGGUGGUAUGAUUUCAUUCAUGAAGUCUUUGUAUUCUGCUAUUGAUUAUGGUAGUCCACGAAAAGUGUAAAAUCACAUUUCGGAAACUUAAUUUUGAUUGUUUAUGUUUCGAAGUCCGUACAACAGAGUCUCAUGAUCAUUCCAAUUAACUGUGUAAAACAACAUACCAUUACCACUCAUUUCCUAAAUCUAUUAGUCUAUGAUGUUUUAAAUUCCUUGCAAGACUGCUAAUUAAUAAACCCCUUUAAGAAACAAAACACAUAUUGGUACUUGCAAGCAGUCUUGAUACUGAUUCUAAUUCUAUCUACGAGUUGUAUUUCUUUUUUUUAUAAGCCACCAUUGGAUUUUUCUCAGUCAUAUACUGAAUUGAUUGUGGAACUUGCCUACACAUCAAACUUAACACGUCAAGUUAUUCGACCGUUUAAUCGUUGUCAUUUGAUAAGUCAAUUGACUGAAUGUGCACGCUUGAUUCGUGGACGUAUCGCAUCUGGUGCUGCAUGUAUCCAGCUUCCUUUACUAGACGAUUGCAAAAAGAAUGAACAACGUAUGAGCGACAAUCGAAUGAUUAUGGUAAAAAUUAAUCAGUUCAAUGAAGCACAUGCAUUAUUUACUGAUUGGAUUAAUAAGCUUUCAUCAGCUCCAUUUGUAACUAACACAUUUGGUCCGACAGUUGUUCAACCUUCUGAUGAAGGUAGUCCUACAAAUCAACAGAUUCUACUAUCGAAAUCAAAUUAUUCUAUACAGAAUGGUAAUUUACUACAAGAUUUACAAUGUGAUGGUGAAUUGUUAUUUUGUCAACUUCAAUCAUGUGCUUUGGCUGUGUUUGAAUUACUCAAAAAUGUUGGCUAUACCACGUUUGUUGAACCAUCAUGUAUGGAAGCUUCUCUGUAUAAAAGUUGCUAUGUACAAAAUGAAUCAACCCCUAUUCAUUUAAACAAAAGUGGUCAUGAAAUUGAAAAUAAUGGUACCGAAAUUCUUGGUCAUUCUCAUUGUAAUUCGUGUAACAAUACAUCGAUAAAAAGUUCAAGUGUGUUCACUGAUGAGGAUCGUGAACUUUUAGCUAAAUUAUGGCGUUAUUUAGAUCCUAAUAGUAGUGUAUUAGGCACCAACUCAUCACCACCGAAACCUCCACUACCUAACUUUUGUCCUCUCAACAUUCCAUUCUCUGAUCGUCGUACGGAUUUAGUCAGCUCUAGUAAUCAAUCUUCUCAACUUAGUACGAACCCGUUUCAUGAUCCAAACUUGUUGAAAUAUCUAUGUACAAUUGCUUCUACUGCUCAACAAAAGUACCCUUCAAAUUCAAGUCCAAUCAAGAAAAGUUCAGAUUGUCAAAAAGAAUUUACAUUGCCAACCAGCAGAUUGGAUUUAAAUGCAACUGACCACUUGAGUUUUCCUUUAGUUGACGAGUCGGAUACUAGUGAUCUAGAGUCGAAUUUCAAUUAUCCUAAUAAUUCGAAUAAGUUGAAAGAUUCUUGUACAAUACAAACACGUAGUUAUAAACCUAACAGCUCGUCAUUUUCAACUAAAGAUGCCUCACAUCCUGUUAUCGAACAACCUAAAUUGCCUAUUAGACAAAAAGAAAAAGCUGAUCACUUGGAUAAAACAUCGUUAUAUUCAACAACUUGUAAUGGGAACUUUUCACACGUUCAUCCCAGUCGAAAAUCACCAUUUCAAAUGAAAAACUGUAAAUACUGGUCAAAAUCAAUGUCAUCUGCAGAUUCGAAUAAUCCACUUAGUGAUAGUUUAAUGCAGGAACAAGUAGCAAAAAUGGUAAUACAUUUACAAGACAGUGAUUCGUGUACUUCACACCAGAUGGAAAAUCCUCUUAUUACAUGUACACCAAGUGUAAGUAACUCCAUUACUACUAGUUCGUCUGAUGCGACUACUACUAGCACUACACAAACUACUGUUAUUCCAAAUGAACAAAACACUUCAACUUUAGAUAGUGAUGCUAACUGCGAAUCAAUGACAUCCAUCACUGAGGAUAUUGACGAUCGUUCACCUAAUUGUCAUUCUGAAGUAAAAUCAGAUACAGAAGAUGUUUAUGAACUCAUUGAAGCAAAUGGUAAAAAGUAUCGACGUCAUUUUCAACGACGUGUUGUGAUUGAACGGCAUAAAGUUAGAGAAGUUAUACUAGCACCAUCACUUCCAGAUGGUAUGGGACCGGAUCUUAAUCGAGUUAUACUCAGUCAAUCUGAUCAAACAAAUACUAAAUCCGUCAACAAUAAUAAUAAUGAACUUAUCCGAUCAAUUGAUACAUUAUCAUUGAAUAACUCUUGUAACUCUUCUUCAAAUCAUAUCAAUGAAUUGAACUAUCCUGAAUUCAAACCUCAAUAUGGAAAAUGGAAUAUUUCCUGUGAUGAUACUGCUAAUGAAUACAACGAUUGUAUGGAUCACGUCGAUCCGGAAGAACCCCAUUUCACCACUGCUGACGUUGGACCACCAAAACCAUCUUUACCGAAUGAGAAACCAUUGGUUAGUUAUAUGUUUCGAUUUGGAUCAUCUGAUUGUGACAAUCCAGAUGAUGAACGACGUUUAUCUAAUCGAUUAAUUGAUUUUUUCCGUGAUCAAUGGUUAAAAGAAGAGUCUGCAACGGGACCACAUGAACGUAAGAAAGUUAUUUCUUAUAUUCAAAGUUAUACACAACCUACAACCAAUGGUGAUUUUAUUCAUAAAUCAACAUGUAUUCAACAUACAUGCACAGUUCGAAUGGUUGGAGGUCUUCAAGGAUUAAAAGCUCAGGCUAGUCGUAAUACUGAAAUGAAAUUACCUGAAAUAUUAUCAGAUGAUGAAUUUUCAGAUAAAAUAUCUUGUAAUUCACUUACUUCAUCAUCCAAUGAAAUAACAUCAUCUUUAACUGAAGAAGCAGAUGUAUCACAACAAUUAGAAACAGAUUUAUCAGAGUUUAACCGUCGCAAAUCACAAAUCAUUAUUACGAGUGACGAAACAGACGAUGAAGAAAUACGUGAAGACCAUAUCCCUACAGUAACUCAAGAAAGAGAAAUUUACACAGCUCUACCUAUUGUCGAAGCUACCAAUGAACUACCUAUCUUAAGUCUUUUAAAAGCAAACGAUUACUUAGUAUGGGGUGAUCGAAAUUCUCUAAAUGAUAUUUCUGUACAUGCUGGAUGUAUUGAUGCUUUAAUAGUGUAUAUAACAUCAUAUGGCCGUAUGUCACCAUCAUAUUAUUUAUUUUUCGAAACGUUUCUUUUUAUGUAUCGUUCAUUUAUGACAUCUUAUGAAUUAGUGAAUCGUUUGAUAACGCGAUAUCAUUACUUUAGCCAUCCUCCACGUUAUUUAUCUCAUUUAACAAAUUUGUCUCAUGAGGUCAGAUCUAAAGUAUGUACGUCUACUGUAUCAAUUUUAGUGACUGUGGUUACACGAUUAAAACAAGAUUUAAAUGAUGAAUUGCUAGAAAUUCUUCGAAAUUUCGAAGAAACUCUUUCACAAGACGAAUAUAAUUCACUCAGUCGAAUUUUACACAUUACAAUUUUUCGUCAGUCACAGGAAUACUUACAAAUUCAUUCUAACUCAAAAAACACUGAGAUAAUCAAUAAUAAUAUACGUAAAUCUGAUUUAUUUCUAUCAAAUUGUGGUCGAACCUCAGUACUAAGUGAUAUAUCAUCCGACCAAUCCAUGUUAAAUAGAAAUAAUGAAACAAAUCAAUACUCUGAAUAUAAUGAAAAAGUUGGAUUUAUUACAUUACCAAAAACUAAAUCUAAACGAUCACAUGCUUUGGAAAAUGUUGAUCGUUAUUCAGUGAUUGAAUCGACAGAAAAUAAUCCUUCUUCUACAACAAAUUCACUUCCAACUAAAAGAAUAUAUUUGAGCACAUCAAAAAGUAGUCUUGGUCUAUUGAAUUUCUCCGCAAAAUCUUUAGCUGAACAACUUACCUAUUUAGAAUGUUUAAAUUAUUAUAAAAUUAAUGUGUUUGAACUGCUUGACAUUUCUAAACUAGAACAAGGUAAAGCACCUGGUGUAGCCGCUUGUGCACAUCAUUUUACAAUGGUUUCUAACUGGGCCACAUAUCAAAUUUUAUCCUUGACAAGUGCGUCUGAUCGUGAUAAGGUUGCUAAUCGUUUAUUGGAUGUUAUGGAACACUUGUACAAACUCCAAAAUUAUAGUACCUACCUAUCUUUACUUUGUGCAUUUCUCCUAGUACCAGAAGCUUUGUUUUCUCGAAAAACACUCAGUCGUCUUAGUCGGGUUACGCCGUACAUGCAACCGCCCUACUUUUCAAAAUAUCGUCGUGAUUUAGAAGCAGCCAACCCACCAUUAAUACCAUAUUUAGGUUUAAUGCUGCAAAAUUUAAUUGUCCUUGAUCAGGGUAAUCCGUUGUUUUUAAAAACUCUCCCAACUCAAUUAACUGAUAAAUAUCAACCAUAUCAUGGUCCUAUUAUAAACUUUUGGCGAUGUUGGAAACAUUUUCUAAUUAUAUACGUUUUUGUCAAACAGGAGAAAAUGGAUCCUGAAAAGUCUCGUUAUUCGAUCCGUCCUGAUCUGAAAAUCUUACAAUUUCUUGGCAAUUUUGAAAAUUCUCUACCUGACACAGAAUUACAUCUUUUAGCUAAUCGUUUACGCCGAAGUAUUUCAUAAUUUUAUCGUCCAAUUAUAUUACAACAUUUAUAUAAUUUAUUGUUUGUUACUAUCAGCUUGUGUAUAUAAAAUAAGCUAUAAUAUGUACAAUAAUAUUAUUGUUUUAAUGUAUCAUUUUGUUCUCAUUUUUUAAUCCAUACUUUAAUUGUGAAUUUCAAGAUUAUUUUUUUGGUUGCUUAUUAUAUCAGUCAUACUUUAGAUUAUUGUUCUCAAUCUUUGUUUUAGACAUAUAGUGAAUAUCUGUUGUAUAAUACUUGAAUUUUAUGAUUGAAUAAC